CUGAUGGCCGGCCAAGAAGCUCACGUGUACAAAUAUGCGGACAGAUCACAGCUCUUCUAUCAGUGCCAGAUUAGUAUCACAAUCAAAGAACCAAAUGCUGAAUGCGCUCGGCCACAGUGCUCGGAGCCACAAGGAUUUGGAGCGGUCAAGACCGGAGGUGCUGCCGCAAAGCCUGCUGCUGCUGCUCAACUACGUCUGCUCAAAAAGAGGGCUGCCGAACCGGAAAAUACUGUUGAUGUGCGAACUGAUAUCAGCGCACUUGAAAUCAGCGACGAUAGCCAAGCUCUGCCAGUAGAUUUGCGUCACCGCGCUCGUCUGCGUCACGCUGGACAACCGGUUGUUUUGGCCACGGUGCAGGAUGGAAUUUGCAUGUCACCGUUUGGUUUCUCGAUGUUCAUGGGCCUCGGUGUUGCACUGGUUGCUGCUACAAUCGUCAUCGUUUCUUUCAAACUUCGUCCAAUACAGAAAGCAUGA